UUCAGAAACAAUUCAGAAAAAUCUGAAAAACACUGAAAUUUUUUUUGUUUCAAUACAUUCUGGAAGAUAUCUUUGGAAAUACAUUCAGAGAUAUCCAGACGUGUUGCUAGACACCUUGUCAGACAGAUUGUUAAACAAUUAAAUAAGGAAUUGAAAAAAAUUUGAAAGGUUUUUCAAAAAAUUCUUCAAGCUAUUUGCCAUUUCAAAAGUGUGAAAAGUGAAAAGCCAAAAAGCCAGAAAAAGGGACUCAGUCACCAGCCCUAUUUCCCAAUGAGGAUAAAAUUCAAGAACAAAUCACAACGAGUGGAAAGAUAUUUACUAAUAAUCGCAACAGAUAUAAGCAUUCGCAGGGCAUUUCCAGGGCAUUUCAAGAGCAUUUCAAGAACAUUUGCAAAGCAUCUUCCAAAGAAAAGUUUUCAAAAGCUCUCAAAAAGCAUCAACCUCAGAGCGUACCACACCCGUGGUCUUGCACCGCCAGAAAUGCACUGCUCAAAACGGCAAGUUUUUCCCGGCGGCCACACGCUGCACAAAAACGCAUCACCUCGACAGGAAUUGUUGCGCUUGGAAAUUUGUCAGCACUGGGAUUUUGGUGCGAUUUCAGCGAAUUCAAAGUUGGAUGAUAUUCUCAAAAGAAGAAAAUUGCAGAGCUUUUUUCAAACAAGUAGGUAAUUUUAAUCCUCUAGCAGCAUUUUGAAGAUUUCUUUUUUUCUGUUUUUCCCAUUGCAUUUUUUUAUAUAUACUCGUCAUUUCCCAUCGCUGUUCCCCUUUCCAAAAUUUUAGAAAAGCGAUUUGAUCUG